UUUAGUUGUUUGAACCGUUUGCUCAAUUCCAGGUGGAUUCCGCCUCUCAGUCUUCAAGAUGAGAUCCUUUGCGACCUUCAUCACACUUCUCCUCCCACUCGUCUCCGCCCAUGGCCGCAUAACCAACAUCACUACCUCCUCCGGAGCCGUAUACCAAGGAUGGGAUCCCGAAAUGGCUAAGGGUACCACACCCGCGCCUGCCCUCGCUGCCUGGUCUGCCUCGAAUCUCGGAAAUAUAUUCGUCUCGCCGGCACAAUUCAACACAGCCAACAUAACCUGUCACAUAAACGCAAAACCCGGAUCCUUGCACAUCAACACGACCGCAGGCGAUAUGUUAAGGUUAAGGUGGAAUGAGUGGCCGGUUAGCCAUAAAGGGCCGGUAUUGACAUAUCUUGCAAGUUGCAACACGACGUGUGCGGGGGUGGAUAAGGAAAAGUUGCGAUGGGUGAAGAUAGAUCAGCAAGGGUGGCUGAACUCUUCUGGGUGGGAGCAACUAGGGGGCACAUGGGCAACUGAUGUCCUGAUCGCCAAUCAUUUCACCUGGACCGUCAAAGUCCCAUCCGACCUCGCCGACGGUGCAUAUGUCUUGCGUCACGAGAUCAUCGCACUUCAUGUCGCAAACGAAACCGAUGGUGCCCAGGCUUAUCCGCAGUGCGUAAAUUUAAAGGUUGGAAAGGCUGCUGCACAGAUUGACGGAGGGGUACAGGGUGAGAAACUGUAUGGAGAGAAGGAUAAGGGGAUAUUAGUAGAUAUUCAUCAUAAGAUCAGUGGGUACGAUAUUCCGGGUCCGGGUAUGUGGAGUGGAGCAACGACCAUCAAGCAGCCAAACGAGAAGAGAAACAUCAAGAGAGGAUGA